AUGAAACGUGAAAAAAUGGCAAGGGAAACAAUUGAUGAACGCGCAGCGCGUCUUGCCAGUAACCGACAAAUAGAAAAUCAUGACAGUUUCGUUAGCAAAAUCCGACAACAUCCAUUCGAUAUUAAAAAUUUAAUAGGGUUUAAUGAAGAUGCAUUUAAAAAUUUUUGA